AUGGCAAAAUUUAAUCUUUCCACGCCUUCUUCCCUUCUUUUUCAACUCUCCCGCUCUCGUCAUACUCCUAGACUUUCCCCCAUUCCUUCCCAAGCUCGCAAUUAUCAGCACACCCGCUCUCCUUACCAAGUCAAUCCUCCUUCCAUGCAAGCUGCGACACGAAGCACUGCCAACGCUUGUCGAAAUAUGGCGAAAAACCAGCUGCGACCAUACACCAAUGGCUCCCAUGCCCCUUCGACUCCCCGACAUCUUCUUUCCAUCGCAGACCUUACGCCCACAGAAUUCGCUACUCUCGUCCGAAAUGCCUAUGCCCACAAACAGGCCAUCAAGUCAGACGCCAUGCCAGAGCGCCUAUUGGGUUCACUGUCAGGAAAAACCGUGGCUAUGUUGUUCAGCAAACGCAGCACCAGAACCCGAGUAUCGACAGAAGGCGCGGUGGUGAAGAUGGGAGGCCAUCCCAUGUUCCUGGGCAAAGACGAUAUCCAAUUGGGUGUCAAUGAGUCAUUAUAUGAUACCUCUGUCGUGAUAUCCUCAAUGGUAUCAUGCAUUGUUGCGCGCGUGGGACCUCACUCCGAUAUCGCCAACUUGGCCAAAGAUUCGAGCGUCCCUGUCAUCAACGCGUUAUGCGACACGUUCCACCCGUUGCAAGCGAUCGCCGAUUUCCUCACCAUCCACGAAACCUUUGCAUCACCAUCUAUCGCAAAUAGAACACAUUCUUCGAGUUUAGGAUUGGAAGGGUUGAAAAUCGCCUGGGUGGGCGAUGCAAACAAUGUUCUUUAUGAUCUCGCCAUCGCUGCCACGAAGAUGGGUGUAAACAUAUCCGUUGCAACACCCAAGGGCUACGAAAUGCCAUCCCAGAUCCUGGAACUGGUUCAAAAGGCACGUGAAGGGGUGCAGUCGCCAGGAAAUCUCACCCAGACCACAGUUCCAGAGGAGGCUGUAAAGAACGCGGAUGUUAUUGUCACCGACACUUGGAUAUCAAUGGGACAAGAAAGCGAGAAGGUCAAACGCCUCGAAGCUUUUAAAGGUUUCCAGGUCACGUCUGACCUUGCCAAGCGAGGAGGCGCAAAGGAGCAUUGGAAGUUCAUGCACUGCCUACCACGACAUCCUGAGGAGGUUAGCGAUGAAGUUUUCUACGGCGAGCGAUCCCUGGUCUUCCCCGAAGCCGAGAAUCGACUGUGGGCGGCGAUUUCGGCCCUCGAAGGGUUCGUUGUUAACAAGGGGAAAAUUGCUUAA